GAUAAACAAGAUUUUGAAUCUGUCUAUGUGUCCUUUGCUGUGUUUUUUAAUCUAAAAUAUUGCUUUUUAUUUCGAUUAUAAUUCAAAAAUAUAUACAUAAAUGAUUAUUAAAUGAAUACUGUAAUUAAAAAACUGUAGUGUAGAAAGAAUUGAUCACCUGAUGCAUUUCAUUUAAAUUAUCGGUCAUAUUAUUAAAAGUAUUAUUUUAUUAAAAAUAAAUAAUCUAGAUAUAAAAUGCGAACUUACACCAGAAAGCGUUCUGAGUAUCAGCUUAUCGAGGGUGUUCAUGAAAUGUGCAGAUUGUGCCUGGAAAAAGUGAAAGAAACUGUUCCUAUCUUUACAGAUACUGAUAAUGUUUGUGCUUCUCUUACAAUGAGAAUCAUGAUGUGUGUUGGAUUACAGAUUACCCGUGAGGACUGCCUGCCUGACAUGAUUUGUACUGAGUGCCAUAAAGAGUUAAAUAACUACUAUGAGUUUAAAAAGAAAUGUGUCCUGACGUACCAAAAGUUAAAAUCUCAUCUCUUAGCUGUAAAACAAUCGGGAACAAAAAAAGAUACUGAUUUGAAAGUAAAACAAGAACAGAAUGAAACACAAAACUUAUCAUAUAGAUUAGGCAGCGACAAUGUGGAACCAGCAUUAGAUGUAAAGGAGACACAACACCUGGAAGUAAAUAUAGAUGUCAAUGGUUUGUCCUGUGUAUCGAAUGAACAUAUUGAGAAACCUUCAACAGAACUGAGUACAAGUAACGAGAUACCUGAAAAUCAAGAUGUUUCUGAAUUUCUCUCUUCUAUCCUUUCGGAACUUGGUAUUUUAACAAGAGAUGGUGACCAAGCUUUGAUGAUGGAUCAAAAUUUGAAAUUAAUAGAAAUAGAAACAGGAGACAAGACAAAAAUGAUUUUAGAGCUUUUGGAAAUUGAUGAGGGGCAACAAAAUAGUAUUAAAAAUGAAGCUAGUAAUAAUCAAAUAAAUAUUCAAUCAACAAUUAAAUAUAUUGAUCCUCUCAAUAUUGACAAGAAUGUGAUGCAGCCAAAGGACGAGCGCGCGCGUUGUCCGCAGUGCGGAAAGCGCUUCGCCACGCGCGGCGCGCUGCGCAGGCACGCGCGCGUGCACUCCGGGGAGCGGCCCUACGUCUGCACCGUCUGCGCGCGCGCCUUCGCGCAGAGGGAGGUGCUGCGCCGCCACGAGCUCGUGCACGGAGAGGAGAAGCCGUUCAAGUGCGCGCAGUGCGGGAAGGGCUUCACGCAGCGCGGCGCGCUGACGUCGCACACGCGCGCGCACGCGGCGCCCGACGCGCGCGCGCUGGCGCUGCACCGCUGCUCGCGCUGCCCCAAGGUGUUCCUGCACGCCUCCGGGCUGAGCCGGCACACGAUGAUGCACAACGGGCGCGUGUACGCGUGCGGCGCGUGCGAGCGGCGCUUCAGCGACAAGAGCUCGCUGCUGCGCCACCUGCGCGCCAAGCACGCCGCCGCCGCGCCGCCCUAGCGCCCCCCGCGACCC